AUGGCUUUCUUUGCCUCACCUAUUCGUCGCAACAACACCUCCUUCGCCAACUUGGCUGGUCGAGUAUCCAAGGUCUCUUCACAGAUAACAGCCUAUCUGGAGAAGCACGAACAUGCCCACCCGGACUUCACUCCUACCUCGGCGGUCCUUCCAGAAACCUACGCAUAUGAGAGUCUUCGAAAUGAGCUUACGGAUGCGACCAUGGACCUGAUGCGCCUCGCCAAUGGGCCCAAGAACAUAUUUCGUACUAUGUCCUUUUGGCACACAGAUCUAGCAGCCACACAAGUCGCGCUGCGUCGCAAAUUCUUUGACCACGUUCCAGAUGACAAUAUUGGACUCACUGCUUCGGAAGUUGCGAAAGCUACAUCCAUGGAUGUGGAUCGAGCCAACCGGAUCCUGAAAAUGCUUGCUACACAUCGCAUCUUUGAGGAGGUUGCUGGCAAGUUUCGUCACACUGCAUUAUCUAAUUUCUUGAAGACAAAUAUCUAUCGCUCAAUGGCCGAGAUGCAACUCGACCCUUGUGCUAAAGCAACAUCUGACAUGGACGAUUGGAUUGUGGCUAGUCCAUACGGGAUGAGCGUAAAGGAUAGUCCCUUUUACCGACAGUUCAAGAAGGACUUCUACACAUACACUGCAGAUGAGAGUCAUGGGAAGCUCUUCUCAGAUGCGAUGAGGAGUUGGGGAACGAUUGACAACCCCUUCGAGAUGCUGCGCAACAACUUCGAUUGGGGAUCACUCGCCAACACCAAGGUUGUGGACAUUGGGGGAGGUAACGGCCAUGUCUCACUUGAUCUCGCACGUGAGUUCAAGAACAUAAACUUCACCGUGCAAGACUUGUCACCGCAGCAGCUCUCCGAUGCGAACGUGGCUGAAUUGGGGGAUCGCGUCACAUACCAACAGUAUGACUACUACACGCCACAGCCCAUUCGCGAUGCGGGCGUCUAUCUAUGUCGCGCGACAUUCCACAACCACAAUGACGAAGAAUCAGUUAGGAUGUUGCGAGCGCUCAUUCCAGCCCUCGAAGGCAGGACUGACAACCCCGUUGUUCUCAUCAACGAUGUUAUCGUUCCGGAGCGUGCGGAGGGUGUUGUGACGAUGGCCGAGGCGAAUCAGCUCCGGCAGAUGGACUUGCUCAUGCUUGCGUUGUUUGGAGCGAAGGAGAGGACGGAGAACGACUGGAGGACUCUAUUCAAGGAGGUGGACGAGAGGCUUGAAAUUGUGAAGAUGCACUACAAUCCGCGUGGAGCUGGUUUAUUGGAAGUUCGGCUUAGGUAA